AUGGGAGCAUUCGCCCUGCCCGGGAUCCCGCUGCAGGAAGCUUUGUUGCGGGCUUACGUGGAAUAUAUUAAUCCGUCCAUGCCGCUCAUGGACCUGCACAGAUUUUUCAGUAUAGUCCAUUGUCGCGAUGGGCAUAACGGGCAAAUUAGUUUGCUCUUAUUCCAGUCUGUUAUGUUUGCAGCCGCGGCAUUUGUGGAUAUGAAGUUCCUGCAUGAGGAAGGGUACAAAACUCGCAAGGAGGCGAGGAAGGAAUUCUUCAAGAAGACAAGGUUGCUGUACGAUUUCGACUACGAGCAAGAUAGCCUAGUGGUUGUGCAAACACUUAUACACAUGACAUACUGGGAUGAGUCUCCUGGCGACAAAAAGCACUCAUGGCACUGGAUGAGCCUGGCGAUAUCUUUAUCCCAGAGUAUUGGACUGCAUCGCCAGUCAAAGUGUGCUACUAUGACUCCAUUGGACAAGCGACUGCGAAAGCGAGUAUGGUGGUCAUGCUUCAUGAGGGAUCGCAUCUUAGCACUCGGCAUGAGACGGCCGCCGAUGAUUGAGGAUGGAGGUUUUGACGUGUUGAUGCUCUCUGAGAGCGAUUUCGAAUUCCAGAAGCUGCCUGAGGGCAAUACUCCCAACCAGCUCGACUCCGUGCUGAUAAAGAAUGCGGAGUUGCAGCAAAAGAUGGCCAUUAUGUGCAUUGCCGCGGCAAACCUCUGCAUUACCAUGGGCCGUAUGCUCCAGGCGCAGUACUCGGUCAUAAAUAGCUGUACGACAGUGGCCGAAAACAUCACGGAUAACAACUUGCCGUCGAUCACCAGUCAACUAAGAAAUGCUGGAAGCGUUCACGCUGUCAUUUUGGAACUCAACAUAUGGGCCGACUCGCUGCCGGUCUGCUGUCAAUACAGACCGUUAAACGUGUCAGAUAUCCGGGAUGGCAACUCUCCGAUAGCCGUGCAGCGGACACUGCUGCAUUUACUUUAUCAAACCACUAUUUGGGUGCUCUAUAGUCCCCGGCUUGUGUCUCCACUGGCGACACAACAACGAACCAGGUUCUUCCAGGCUCAUGAGAUGUCGUGGCGCAGAGCCCGUGAUGCGGCAACGAAAAUCACUAAUAUGGUGACCGAGCUGCACCAACUUCGACUUGACAGAUUCCUGCCAACUACUGGAGUUACCGUGAUUCUACCCGCUGUAAUCAUGCACUUGGUCGAAAUGCAAAACACUUCGCCUCAGGCUCGUAUAGAGCUGAAUCAGUGCGUAUGUGUAAUUGAGCAGCUUCAGGAGACCUACACUGUGGCGGAUUCAGCCGCCUGGUUCAUAAGUGCUGCUCUCGGGAAGUCAGUCAUUGAUAUGGAUUUGAGUGCUGGACAGUCCACUCUUUCACUCAUGAAGAAUGAGUUGUUGGCUGGAGUAAUCUCUCGAGCAACUCCACCGGAGAAUCUACCUUGUAUGGGGACGUCCAAGCCGCCAGUUGAGAAAGCUAUGGAUCAAAUUGUGAAACCGUCUGUACUACUUUCGGACACGAUCAACGUCUCAACCCUGGACUUAUCAACGAGUUCUCUGCCCCAGCAUGACUUCAAAUCACCGGAACAGCAAAAAUCUGCCAGCGGUGAGUCAGACGAAAAGCCAGGAGAUAUUGACAAGUUAAGUUUGAACUUGUUGCAAAGCUAUGACGAUGAUGGCUGGCAGGCAGGUGCAGAAAUCAAUUUCGACGUUGAGCAAUGGCUUGAAUCGCAUGAAGAUAAUGGUUUGAAUGCAGAUGUGGUCCGCGAUGAAUGUGUGAACGAUUAA